GACCUCCGCUUCCCAACAAGCCUCGACCUCUCGGGCUCCGACGCAAUGAACCCCGGCCCCAACUACAGCGCAGCCUACAUCGUCCUCCACACAAACACCCGCCACCUAUCCGGCCACGGCUUCGCCUUCACAAUCGGCCGGGGCAACAACCUGUGCGUCCUCGCCGCCGAGAUGGUAGCCGAGCGCCUCGUCGGCAAGACGCUCGAGCAACUCACGGCCAACAUGGGCCAGACCUGGCGCCACCUCGUGUCCGACUCCCAAUUGCGCUGGGUCGGGCCCGAAAAGGGCGUGAUUCAUCUUGGCCUGAGCACGUGCGUCAACGCUGUGUGGGAUCUUUGGGGACGGCAUCUGGGGAAGCCCGUGUGGGAGAUUGUGUCGGACAUGACGCCGGAGGAGUUUGUAAGGUGUAUCGAUUUCAGAUACAUUCUCGAUGCCAUCACGCCUGAGGAGGCGGUGGAGUUGCUCAGGGAGCAGGCCAAGACGAAGAAGGCGAGGCUGGAGGAGGCCAGGCUGAAUAGGGCUGUGCCGGCGUAUACUACGCAAGCGGGCUGGCUGGGCUUUUCGGAUGAAAAGAUGGUGGAGCUGAUUGAGUCGAAUCUCGCGCAGGGCAUGGACAAGUUCAAGUUCAAGGUCGGGGGCAGCCUCGAGGACGACAAGAGGCGGCUGCAGAUUGCGCGGGACACGAUCGGGUAUGAUCGGUUGCUCAUGGUCGAUGCGAAUCAGGUGUGGAGCGUGCCGGAGGCGAUUGACUAUAUGCUUCAUCUGGUCAAGUACAAGCCGCUCUUCAUCGAAGAGCCGACCUCGCCAGACGACAUCCUCGGCCACGCGGCCAUCCGAAAGGCCCUCAAGCCGUACGGCGUCGGCGUCGCCACCGGCGAGCACUGCCAGAACCGCGUCAUGUUCAAGCAGCUCCUCCAGGCGGGCUCGAUCGACUACUGCCAGAUCGACGCCUGCAGGCUCGGCGGCGUCAACGAAGUCAUGGCCGUGUUGCUCAUGGCCAAGAAAUUCAACGUGCCGAUUGUCCCCCACAGCGGAGGCAUCGGCCUGAACGAAUACACGCAGCAUCUCGCCCUCAUCAACUACCUGUGCGUGUCUGGCGAAAAGAGCCUGCUGGAGCACAUCAGCUCGUUCCGCGAGGUGCUCAAGACGCCCUGCCAGACCAAGGACGGGCAUUUCGUCACCCCGCAUGAUGCCGGGUACAGCGUAGAGUAUAAGCCCGAGGCGAUAGAAAAGUACACGUACCCUACAGGCAGCUUCUGGAGGAGUGAGCAGGGUCUGGCAAUUAUCAAUGAGCCAAACAUCUGA